GUAAGAAAUAUAUUUCGGACUGAGGAGAUUUACCCGGUCUAGGUCAUACUUUGUGUUCUUGUUGUGUGUUUUAUAUUACGGGUCGAGUGUCCAGGUCUUACCAGGUCAACCCACCCAUCUAUAUUUACACCAUCAUUUUUGGCGCCCACCGUGGGGCCGAUUUUUAAAGUUUUUUCGACCAGGUCAAAACUUUACCCCCACUAAAUAUCCACAAUCAUGUCUUCAAGCAACCACAACACUGUGUCAAGUCAGGCUGCGAGUGAAAGCACUCCUGCCAUCCCAUUGAUGAUGCCAGGCAUGGGGACGACCUUUGCCCCGAUCACCACGGUAGGAUCAGUUGGCAUGAUCCCAAUCAUGUCAACCCCUACUCCUGCGCCAACGACAACAAUGUUCCCAGGCUCGAUAACAACGCCUGGUGGAGCUUUCACACCAUACCCGUCAGCUUGGGCUCAUUUUGCUGCUGACCCGGCAAAUGCUCAGGCUCUACAGGGCUAUCAACAGGUGAUGGCCAUGAUGCAACAGGCAGGGGGCUUCAUGCCAUUUGCCUAUCCUGGUAUGACGCCGCCAAUCAUGCCACCUCCGAUGUCGACCCCGUCGACAUUUGUCCCUAGGAUGGUCCCUAUACGCCCGGUGAAUCUGACGGGGACCAUGAAUGAAGCAGCACCCUCAAAUGUCCAUGAGGUCGAUGAGGCAGAGCAAGAGGCGGCCCGCAGAAGGAAGGGUAAGGCUAUAGCCAAACCCAGCAAGACCCGAGAUUCGGCGUUCAAACGCCUAGGGGACAAAGAGGAUGGGCCCCGCAAGUCUGCCAAGCUACGUCUUGGUCCUGAGAUGGGCCGGACCAGCGCAAUGGAAAGACUUGGAGGGAGUCGUCCCGCCCAAUCUCGUCGUUCUAGGGAAUCUGAGACGAUUCACCUAGACGAGGAGGAAGCUGAAAGCCAGCCCAGGGCAUCGGCAUACACCAGGCUCUCAUAUGAUGAGGAUGACCUGGACAAGAUAGGGAGCGUAGCAAGAAAGCUACGUGCCCUGGAGGAAAAGGUGGAAGAGAAGGCGGGAGCAAAGAAGCACACCCUGGCCAAAUCACCCUUUUCGGUUAGGGUACAUGCCCAAAAAUUAAGGCGGAAGGUCAAGCUGGACGUGGAGAAAUUCACUGGAAAGGAGGAUCCAAAUGUCCACCUUGACACCUUCCACAAUGCAGCACAGAUGGCCGGGUGCACUGAUGCUGAGGAGUGCUUGCUCUUCUUCUCAUCCUUGAGAGGGAGGCCAGUGGAAUGGUUUAAUGGCCUUCCCCAUGGCAGGAUUGGGUCCUUUGAGAAACUUGCCAAAGUUUUCCGCAAGAAGUACCAGGAUAACUGCAUCAAGAGGAAGAAGUUCACCUACCUUAACACGGUAGGGCAGAGGGAGAAGGAGUCCUUGACUCAGUUCUUAACUCGCUGGAGGGACGAGGUUGACAAAGUAGAAGAGAUGGACGAUAAGACAGCCAUGUCUUUGUUGAUGAAUGCCUUCCGGUCGGGUAACCUCUACACUGAAUUCUGUAGGAGGCCACCCUCCUCUUAUCAGGAAGCGUACAAUACGGCAUGGGAGUAUGCCGAGGUGGAAGUCCUGAACAACAGCAAGCGGGAGCUGGAGGAAGGCUAUACAAGGGUAAAAGCCGACAAACCAAAGGACGACCAGAUGGGAGGGUCCAAGCCGAGGGCCACAUAUGAUGGGUGUGUUCAUCAAAUAAGGGAUGAGAAGAAAGGAGAACAACACAAGCGGCCUUGGACAGAGAAGUGGUGCACCUACCACCAAUCCGACUCUCACAACACGACAGAUUGACGGAAUGUGAGGGUCGUGCUCAGGGAGAUGACCUUGAAAGGGGAAUUGGAUGAAAUACUCGUUACGGGGCUUGAGGAAGACACAUAGGCGAGUACUUGAAUCCACCCACAUGAAUAUGAUCAGGGAAAGAAGAGAGGGUGGAUAAGGGGCCUUGAUGUUGAGGUAUCGCCUUGAGACAGGCUGGAUCCGGAAGAGGAUUCGCAUCCAUACUUACAUGGAU